AUGAUGAUUUCGGGACAAGAAACAGAAAGAAGCGCUGAACAAGGGCAACAACGUGCAAGCGAGCAGCAGCAUGUUGAAAAGAUACUAGAAUUAGUGGCCGAAGUAAUGAUAAAAUGCAAAUUUAGCCACCUUCGUCCACUGGCAGCUGUAGCAACGCUUUUGUUCCACUCAACGGGAAGACCUCUCCAUCAACCCAAAGGCCGGGAGCUGUUGCGGGGGCUCAUAGCCAGAGCUGAGCGCUGCGCAGCUGCACUGGCGAUGCCCUUUGUGGAAGCCCGCAAGGUGCAAGCUGCCAACGCUCUUUUAGCUUCGGCGGAUCCUGUGGCCCACUUGGAGCAGCUCUCUCACAAAGCAAGUUCUUUGGAAGGCGCGCUUUUGUCAAGCAUGCAUUCACCAUCGGAGCCGACCCAACAACUGGAGCAUGACCAUAGAGAUUCGCUUGCGUGGGAUGCAGAGCCUGCAGAGGCUUGGACCCUGUUGUGCCUCAUGUACGAUCUUGAGGCUCGAAUGGCUUCAAAACCUGUCCCGCAACCGUCAAGUACAUCGGCUACAGGAUUGAGAGGAACCCGGCGCCCGGGUACCCCAAGAAUCGUCACCAUAGUGGAAGACGCCGUUAAAGGAGAGACUGCGCGAAAUACUGUCGGCCAAGGUCGCCUGAACGAAAAGGAGCUUACGGACAAACACCGCGUGAAAUUGAACUGCGGACGAAACUGGUACCGGAAGUGCCUAGCACUCUGCGCCCUUGCAGACUUUCUACCGCCACCAGCUGGAGCUCAUUUUGUGGAGGCUGCUGAAAAGGAAGUUUCGUCCGCAGCAAGACUAGAGGGUAGUUGGAUUUCUGUCGCCGGUCUCAAACCCACGGAGGUGACACAGCCGGGGCAAGGACCACCAAAAUCUCGGAGGCAACUUAAGUCUCCACUUCUUGUUGGGAGGGGACCGCAAUUCCUCCUUUUAAGCCUCCCAGGUGCAGGUGCGUGUCCACAACCGGCGGCAACCAAUGUGGGGAGGUCUUGGAGAGUUUUAUAUGGGGGGUCCCUGCGCACUCACGGCGGUUUGGGUGUAUCUCGACAGCAGAAGGAUCUCAUGGGAUCUGGCCUCCGGCUUGGCCUGAAGGAAGUAGCCCGCAUUUAUGCUUUGAGAAAUGCUGAAAUCUAUGUAGUCGCAUAUGAGGAAGUGGGAGAGGCUCGAUCGUCGGAUUUGAGCGAAACCAGCCUUCCGCUGAGCUGCAGCUGGCCGCUUCCGAUUGCAAUGCUUCGUGCGCGUAUUUAUAGCGCAGCCCUGCGUUGUUCGCUGCCACGUACUGCAGAAACAGAAAUCAAAGAAAUGUGGCACCUCGUGACCGUGCUGGAAGCAGGCGUAAAGGGUAAAGUGCCGAAGAACUCGAAGCUACGGGAAGAUGCUUUAGGUGAAAUGCCCCGAAUGCCAUCAGUACAAGCCCUUAUCUAUCAGGCUAGAAGCUUCAAAGCUUACUCAGCACUGCAUGUCUAUGAAAAGAUUCCGGGUGCGUCUUCAAGUCAGUUAGACUGCCCAUUUUGCUUCGCGUUUUGCAGCACGGUUGCCUCCACUAGUUAUACGAUCGAUCGCCGAGAGCGUUGUUCGCUGCGUAAGAUACAAUUUGAGGCCUGCAGCCAACACACACGCACGCCAAUUUUCCCUUUCAUGACGUGCACCUAUUGCGCAUGGACACAGUUGGUUAGGCUUCAUCACUGCAGCGUAGAAAAGAAAGCUUACCUGUCAUUUCUGGGGAUCUGUGUGGAACAGUCUCGGGAUCAAAAGUAUCGUUAUUCUCUGCUGCACUGGCGAAGCGAAGCGGUUGCUGCUCUUGAAGACGCAUUUCUUCAAGCCACGAACUUGGAGUUGGCUGUAUUUUCUCACAGUGCAGACGUCGCGGAAGAACAACUUUCGAUACUUCUCAACACAUUGUACGUGUUGGUGUCGUCGCUUUCAUCUCUUCCAGCGGAGAUUAUCCGGCCUAUUAUGCGGGCCUUUGCAGCCGUAGAUGCUCUACCCCUAAACUCUCUACCACCACAGGCGCGCGUGAUGGAGGCUACUUUACUAGGUUUUGGAUGCCUCGCUGCUGCUCAAUUUCAGGUAACAGCUAUUAUUCAAGUGUAG